UUUCUCGAGCGACUAUAUGGUUAAUCGUGUUUGAAAACAUUGCGAAAUUUGUUGAAAGGAUUGUCGUGCUAAAUUAAUUGUAAAUAAUCGAAAAAGUGUUUGCAUAAUGAGUCUAAUGCUAGCACAAAUUUCGCGUAAAGUGCUCAGAGCAACUUCCGUACGUUGUGCGGCAUCCCAAUGGCGAUUGGUCCGUAAUGCGUCGACCGAGCCGUCACCCGCUGAACAGCCAGCUGAAUUCUACGACAUAAUCAUUGCCGGUGGAGGCAUGGUGGGAACUACCCUAGCAUGCUCAUUAGGUAAAAAUCCUCGUCUCGCCGACCGGCGCAUUCUGCUGCUGGAAGCAGCUGCUGGCUUUAAACCUCCCACCGGUCAGUCGUACAGCAACCGAGUGUCGGCGAUUAGCAAGGGAACGCACCGGCUGAUGAAAACGAUCGGCGCCUGGUCUCACAUCGAAGCCACCAACCGGGUCAAACCGGUACUGAAAAUGCAAGUUUGGGAUGCUUGCUCGGAUGCGCUGAUCACGUUCAACUACGACGAUAUGGCGGAAAAUAUUUCCUGGAUUGUGGAAAACGACGUGCUGCUGGCUAGUGUCUAUCGGCAGCUGGAAGGACUGGAUAAGGUGCAAAUCCGGUACUCGUCUAAGGUGGAAGAGUGCAGUUUGAUACGGGAUGGCGCGGCAAUGAGCACGGUUCGGUUGGCCAAUGGCGAAAGGCUUAGCUGUGAGUUGCUGAUCGGAGCCGACGGUUACAACUCGCUGGUACGUAAGGCAAUGGCGGUUGAUAAUUUCACCCUUGCCUAUAAUCAAAUGGGAGUGGUGGCCACAUUGAAACUCGGACCAGGAGCAGCGAACAACGUGACCGCUUGGCAGCGAUUCUUACCGUCCGGUCCCAUAGCGUUGCUGCCGCUUAGCGACGACAUGAGUUCUCUGGUUUGGUCCACCAGUGUGACGGAAGCGAAGCAGUUACUUCAACUGAACGAACCAUCCUUUGUCGCGGCUGUCAACGAGGCUUUCAACAAAACAUACCCUCGCAAUAACAUAAUCGACGAUGUAACGAAGAACAUCACUUCUCUAAUUUCGUCCACGACCGGCCAAAAACUAGAACCGGCUCCGGCCAUCGAAGCUGUAAUAGAAAAUUCACGGGCUGCUUUCCCACUUGGACUUGGCCAUACCAGUACCUACGUCGGUCAGGGAGUCUGCUUGAUCGGAGACGCCGCCCACCGGGUGCACCCGCUCGCCGGUCAGGGUGUAAAUCUAGGCUUCGGUGACGUCCAAUGUCUAACGGACACGCUGGCCGAUGCAAACUACAGCGGUUUAGGGCUGAACAAUCUAUCCCAGCUGGUCCGGUACGAGCAGGAACGGUUAAAGCAUAACGUUCCCGUUCUGUUGACCACUCACGGACUGCAGCAGCUUUACACGACCGAUUUUGCGCCGAUCGUAGGAUUGCGAAGUGUCGGACUGACGAUCACGAAUGCGCUUCCACCGCUCAAGAAAUUUCUAAUGAAUUAUGCCAUGUCUUAACUCCGAGCGGCAGGCAACUUCAUCCCGCUUCCGAUGGGUGGGGUUUUUGAAGCAAGCCUAGGGAAUAAGGAGCAUGCCAGGGAAUGGUUUUUGAGUGUCAGCAGAAACGUGUUUAAUUUACAUCGUACGUUUACUGGCUCGUGGUUUAUUUGGCCAAUUAGAACCGUUGGCGCCAGGUGAGUAUGUCCGGAGCGAAUGAGAAACGAUGUGCAUUACAUUAAUUUAUAUGUUUAUUAUUAUAUCGGAGGGGAAGGAAAAUUAUUUUUGUUCCCAUUUUCGCGGUCUAAUUGAUCUAGUGUAACGAAUAGAUCCUUGAAUGUUAAGUGACAGUUGAAGGAAAUUGAUCGAGACUUAGGUUUGUUGAAUCCACGCGAUUUUUUCUGUUUUAAAGUAGAAUGAAAUUUAAUGAGAAAUCCAGAUUUUCAGGUAAUAUGAACUUGGAAAUCCAUUCAAAUAUCGACAGCACUUUGCUGCUACCUCAUAUUAUCAGUUAUCAAACAAUAGGUUCAUAACUGGACGGAGUUGUUGGGAUAUAGGUGACUUAUGAUUAUUCCGUUCAGAGAUAAUAACGUACCCAUUUUCAACCAGUGAAGAUCAAUGAGUAUCUCUCCCUAGUAUCCGUCGGAAUCUGCUUAUAUCUUUUCUAUCUCCUAGACCUAAAAAAUGGUUGAAUCCUGAAGAAUAAACCAAAAAAGUAUUG